UUCACUGAAAACGUAUAAAUUGAUUUGAAUCGUACAAAGUGGCAGCUAUUAAUUUACGACACUUCAGAAACAGAAUGGGCACAGGUGAUCGUCUAUUAGAUAUUCCCUGCAAGGUUUGUGGUGACCGAAGCUCGGGAAAACAUUAUGGCAUUUACUCGUGUGAUGGAUGUUCGGGAUUUUUCAAGCGAAGCAUUCAUCGAAAUCGCAUUUAUACGUGCAAAGCAACGGGUGAUCUCAAAGGACGCUGUCCAGUUGAUAAAACACAUCGAAAUCAAUGUCGUGCAUGCCGAUUAGCCAAAUGUUUUCAAUCGGCUAUGAAUAAAGAUGCUGUACAGCACGAAAGAGGACCCAGGAAACCGAAGUUACAUUCAGCACUGUUAGCAAAUGGUUCGCAUCAUCCGAAUCAUUUGCAAAUUCAAGGAUUGGUGUCCAGUGCGUACGCACAAAAUUCAUCAAUGGGUGGUGCUCAUUCGUCGGGAUUUCAUCCAGUUAUGCCACAUAUUCAUCAUCCGCAGCCAUUACCAUUUUCACCAAUUUUACAUCCAGCUCAUCAUCCACACACCCAAACACAUCAUGGACAUCAUCUAUUGCCGGUCCCUUCGGCUAAUGAAUUUUAUAAAAAUUUUCAUCCGUCCAAUGUCAUUGUGCCGAAUGUUCUUUCGCAUCCGAUACCCGCAUUACCACCGCGAAGACCAAUUUCAGCAUCGAUGCUGCAAAGUGCUCACUCUACAAUUUCGCAUCAGUCCCAUUUUUCGCCAAAAAGUAACACUUCCAGCACAAUCGAACCAUCUCAAGAUAGUGUGAGUCCACCGCUGAUUGUUGACAGUAUCGAAAAUGUUGCCAGCCCAAUUUCAGUAAGUAGCAGUAACAACAAUAACAACACCACUUCGAAAAACAUUUCGAAAAAUGACAACGAUGCACGGUCAACGAUGACAAAUAACAUAACCACAGAGAAUAUACAAACAAAAAGUAACGAUGGGUUACUUCAUCAAAAUAGUUUGCGCAACGAACAACAAAAUAGUCUUUUGAAUAUACUCCUGAAUCCAGAUAAAUGUCAGGAAUUCAUACAUUAUCACAAUUCGAUGAUUUUUCCGUCGGCACCGUUGUCUACAUCGUCAAUGGAUGUGAGACUACCGACAUGGGAAGUUUUACAAGAGACAUCCGCAAGGCUUUUAUUCAUGGCUGUUCGAUGGGUUCGAUGUCUCGUACCCUUUCAAACACUUUCUAAAAACGACCAACAAUUACUGCUACAGGAAUCGUGGAAGGCAUUAUUUCUACUGAAUUUGGCACAAUGGAGUGUUCCAUUCGAUUUGGGAUCGUUGCUGGAUAGUGUACAAGUGCGCGAACGUGUUCCAAAUGAUGCAUUAACCGCAAGUGAAAUGAAAACAAUUCAAGAAAUUUUGUGUCGUUUUCGUCAAAUUUCACCGGACGGAACAGAAGUCGGCUGUAUGAAAGCCAUCGUUUUAUUUUCGUCCGAAACUCUACAACUGCGUGACGUCCAACCGGUAGAGAUGCUCCAAGACCAAGCGCAAUGCAUACUGAACGAUCACGUGCGAUUGCAUUAUCCGCGUCAACCGACACGUUUUGGACGUCUUUUACUUUUAGUACCUUCACUGCGUGCCAUUCGGCCAUUCAUCAUCGAAUCCCUAUUCUUCAAAGAAACGAUUGGCAAUGUUCCAAUCUCACGCUUACUCGGCGAUAUGUAUGAAAUGGAAAAGUACAGCGAAUUAACAACAAAAUAAAUUGCAUCGCGAUCUAAAAAUGGUUCUUUUUAUAUAAGAAAAGAAUAAUUAUUAUAUAGCAUAUAAAAUGUCAGUACACUUUAAAUUAAAGAUCAAUAUUUUUCUUAGUUUACAUUGAUUUUUGUUGUUGUUUUUUUCUGCCAAUGGCUUCGGGCAAAUUUUUUGUAUUUUCAUCUGAGUUAAGGUGAACAACCUGUUUGUAAUGUAAUUUUAGCUAUAAAAACAAUUCCCCUCUCUAUGCACACGUAUGUAUCCUUGCUCGAUGAAAAUGAAACCAACUUUGUUCAUUUCAUUUUAUUUUUAUUUAAA